AUGAUAUCGAGUAUUCUUGCGUUGCUGGACUUCAGAGUUGGAGUGCUGGCUCUGAUUCUUUAUACAGCGUAUGGCGCGAUAUAUCGGCUGUAUCUCAGCCCGAUCGCAAAAUUCCCUGGCCCGAAGCUCGCUGCGUUGACCCUCUGGUACGAGUUCUAUUUUGAUGUUUAUCCUAAUUACGGACAAUAUACGUUCCACAUACGAAAACUCCACGAGAAAUAUGGCCCAAUUGUGCGGAUCAAUCCUUGGGAACUGCAUAUCUCGACGCCGGACUUUUAUGAGACGCUUUAUUCGUCCGCCAGGAGGGAUAAGUGGUGGUGGUUCGUGAGGACAUUUGGAUUGGAGGGCGGGGUGGCUUUUGCUGCAGACCAUAAUGUGCAUAAGAUGCGACGAGCGGCCCUGAAUCCGUACUUCUCGACGGCGAAUGUGCGACGGCUGCAGCCAGUCAUUGAGGAUAACGUGCAGAAGUUCGUGCAAAGGCUUAGAGGGCUGGCGAUGACUGGCGAAGUUGUACGGUGUGUUGUGGCAGCAAGUGCUUUCAGUUCAGAUGUGAUCAUGAUGUACUCCUUUGGUCGUUCGUAUAAGCGGCUUGAAAAGUCGGAUUUCGAUGUUGGAGAUUACGAUGCGACGCAUGAAGCCGCAUCCUUCGGUUGGGUGGUCAAACACAUGGUUUGGAUCUUGUGGAUAGUGAAAAGUCUCCCGACAUUUGCUCAGAAGUCAAUGGGCCAAGCACUCGCUACGUUUGUGACACUUCAGGAUAUAAGACCAUGGAACCUGAUUAAACAAGUAUUGGAGACAAUUGCCGAAAAAGAUUAUGAGCGACAAGAUCUAUCACAUCCUACAAUCUUCCACGAGUUGCUUGACAGCAAACUCCCUCCAGAAGAGAAAAGGGUUCAAAGACUAGCAGAAGAGGCUCAAACGGUCGUCGUGGCGGGCCAAGAAACGGUAGCCUGGACCCUGACCGUUAUCACAUACCACCUGCUCUCAAAUCCAACCGUGCUGAGGACAUUGAAAUCUGAACUUGAAGCUGCAAUUCCAAAUACAAAGGCGUCUACACCUCUUUUUUCAUUGGAGAACUUGCCAUAUUUGACUGGUGUGAUAAAGGAGGGACUCAGGUUGAGUUACGGGGCUAGCACACGUCUUCAAAGGAUACCUUUGGAACCUCUAGUGUUCUGUUCUGGCAAAAAAGAAUGGACCAUUCCAGCAGGCACUCCUGUUGGUAUGACCUCUUUAUUGAUACAUCAAGAUGAGUCCAUUUAUCCGAACUGGCAAGAAUUUCGACCGGAGCGGUGGAUCGAUGAUCCAAGGUUGGACCGAUAUCUGGUUUCCUUCACCAAGGGAAGCAGGCAGUGUGUGGGCAUGAAUCUAGCAAAUGCCGAAAUGUACCUCUGGCUCUCAGGUGUCUUUACAAAGUUUGGAUCUCGAGAGGUGAGGUUCGAGGCAGACGAAGGGGUGCUAGAAUUGGUUGAUACAGGUCCCGAAGACGUUGAGGUCGUUUCGGAUUGUUUCGUGCCAAAUAUCAGGUCUGAGAGAGAAGGUGUGAAGUUUCGGGUGCUAUCAUGA